AUGGAUCUACCUCAUGAAGUUGAGAAUGUGAUGGAAGAGAUGAGAGAUUUAGUAGUGAAAUCAUCUGUGUUCGAGUUCAGAUCUGUGAUAUACGCGUAUGGAAAAUUAGGCUUGUUCGAUGAUAUGAAGAGAUGUGUGGUUGAAAAGGAGAUUGAAGGUUUCACAUUACAUACAGUUUGCUUAAUUAUGGUUCUCUCAUCAUUUGGAGCUCACGGUGAGCUCUCGGAGAUGGUGUUAUGGCUCCAAAUGAUGAAAUCUCCAGGUGUUUCGUUUUCAAUUCGUACAUGUAACUCGAUGUUGAAUUCUUGCCCAACAAUCAUGGCAAUGCUUCAAGAACUCAAAACUGUUCCCAUUUCAAUCCAAGAGCCAAUGGAGAAUUUGCGCGGCGAUGAAGGUUUGUUGGUUCAAGAGUUAAUUGGAUCAUCAGUUUUGGAGAAAGCAAUGGAAUGGAGUUCAUUGGAGGGGAAGUUAGAUUUGCAUGGAAUGCACUUUGGAUUGACCUGUUUGAUUAUGUUACAGUGGGCAGAGAAGCUGCGGUUAAGGUUCCGAGAUUAG